AUGCCUCGGAAGCAGCCGACUGGCUGCAUCCUUCUCCUCACAUUCCUCAGUCUGCCUGGGCUGGUUGGUGCAGUUACCAGAACGUACUACAUUGGGAUUGUGGAAGAGUACUGGAACUAUGUACCUCAAGGGAAGGAUAUUAUUACUGGAAAAAGUUUUACAGAAGACAAGCUUGCAACCUUAUUUCUUGAAAGAGGACCCAACCGGAUAGGUGGUAUUUACAAAAAGGCCAUUUAUAGACACUUCACAGAUGGGACGUACACCACUGAAAUCUCCAAACCGCCCUGGCUUGGAUUCUUGGGCCCCAUCCUGAGGGCCGAAGUGGGUGACGUCAUUGUCAUUCAUUUAAAGAACUUUGCAUCCCGACCAUACUCCUUGCAUCCACAUGGUGUUUUCUACAACAAAGAUUCAGAAGGAGCCUUAUAUCCAGAUGGAACAUCGGGAAGAAACAAGGAUGAUGAUAUGGUUCCUCCUGGCAAAAACUACACCUAUGUCUGGCCAGUGCAAGAAGAGUAUGCACCUGCUCCUGCAGAUGCCAACUGCCUGACCUGGGUGUACCACUCACACAUUGAUGCCCCUAAGGACAUCUGCUCUGGGCUGAUUGGCCCUCUGCUGGUGUGUAAGCAAGGUGUCCUGAAUAAAUAUUCAGGGACAAGGACUGAUGUGGACCGCGAGUUUGUUAUCAUGUUUACCCUUGUGGAUGAGAAUCAGAGUUGGUACCUGGAUGAAAACAUCAGACAUUUCUGCACUGACCCAGAUUCAGUUGACAAAGAUGAUGCUGUUUUCCAGAGGAGCAACAAAAUGCACGCUCUCAAUGGAUACCUGUUUGGAAACUUUCCUGAGCCUGAAAUGUGUGUUGGUGAAUCUGUGUCCUGGCACCUAUUUGGAAUGGGGAAUGAGAUAGAUAUACAUUCUAUCUAUUUUUACGGUAACACCUUCAUCAGCAGAGGGCAUCGGACAGAUGUCGUCAACCUGUUCCCAGCUACCUUCCUCACAACGGAAAUGUUAGUUGAGAAUCCUGGGAAGUGGAUGAUAACCUGCCAAGUCAGUGACCACCUGCAAGCUGGCAUGCUGGGGCAGUACAACGUUGGGAACUGCAAAGCUGGUGUUUCUCACCCUAAGGCGGGUCAACAGAGGCACUACUUCAUAGCAGCUGAAAAAAUCCUUUGGGAUUAUGGUCCUCAUGGCUAUGACAAAUUCACUGGUCUUCCCCUAAAUUCUUCUGAGAGUGCCUCUGCAUUCUUCUUCACCCAAGGGGAAAACAGAAUAGGUGGAAAAUACUGGAAGGCUCAAUACACAGAGUAUGUUGAUGCAUCUUUUACUCAAAGAAAGAGACCCUCAGAGACAGAAGCCCAUCUUGGAAUUCUUGGACCAGUCAUCAAGGCAGAGGUGGGUGAUACCCUGCUAGUGACCUUUGCCAACAAAGCUGACAGAGUCUACAGCAUUUUGCCCCACGGUGUCCUCUAUGACAAGGCAUCUGAUGCAGCCCCAAAUGUGGAUGGAUUUUUGAAACCAGGGGCACAUGUUAAGCCAGGAGAAACCUUCACUUACAGGUGGACAGUGCCUGAAAGCGUAAGCCCGACAGAUGGUGAUCCCCCUUGCCUGACCUAUCUUUACUUCUCAGCUGUUGACCCUAUCAAGGACACCAGCUCUGGCCUUGUAGGGCCUUUGCUAGUCUGUAAAAGAGGUGCUCUCAAGCCUGAUGGGACACAGAAAGGAAUAGACAAAGAGUUUUACCUCCUGUUCACAGUCUUUGAUGAGAACCUGAGCAGGUAUCUUGAUGAAAACAUUCAGAAGUUUACCAGGCGUCCCAUCAGUGUGGACAAGGAAGACAAAGAGUUUGUGAAGUCCAACCGAAUGCAUGCUAUUAAUGGUUACAUGUAUGGCAGCCAACCAGGCCUAACCAUGUGCAAAAAGGAUCGAGUUUCCUGGCACUUGAUUGGAAUGGGUACCGACACUGACAUGCACGGAGUUUAUUUCCAAGGGAACACCAUUCACCUGCGAGGGACGCACCGCGAUUCUCUGGCACUGUUUCCCCACAUGGCCACAACAGCGUUCAUGCAGGCAGACCAUGCAGGUAUUUUCAAGGUGUUUUGCUCCACCUUGCACCACUUCAACAGAGGCAUGGGUCAGAUCUAUGAGGUCAACAGCUGUGGCAACAGGGACCCUUCUGAGCAGCCCUACGGGAUGAUAAGAACCUUUUACAUCGCUGCUGAGGAGGUAGAAUGGGAUUAUGCCCCUAACAAAAACUGGGAGUUCGAAAAGCAGCCCUUGGACGCAGGAGGGGAAAGACAUGGAGAUAUAUUUAUGAACCACACUGAAAACUGGAUUGGCUCUCAGUACAAGAAGGUGGUUUACAGGGAGUACACCAAUGGAGAAUUUGUGGAGAUCAAGGCUCGACCGCCUCGAGAGGAGCACUUAGCACUCUUGGGUCCAAUGAUUCAUGCUGAAGUGGGUGACUCCAUCUUGAUCAUAUUUAAGAACAAAGCCAGCAGGCCCUACUCUAUCUCAGCCCAAGGUGUGGAAGACAUGGACAGUGGGAAAGGACUCCAAGUGCCCACUACAAAGCCAGGAGAAAUUAGAACUUACAGAUGGAAUGUCCCUAAGAGAUCAGGUCCAGGGCCCUCGGAUCCCAAUUGUAUCCCAUGGGUUUACUAUUCAACAGUAAACUUUGUGAAGGAUACAUAUAGUGGUUUGAUGGGCCCUCUGAUCACCUGCCGAGAAGGAAUACUGAAUGAAAAGGGAAGGAGAAGCGAUGUUGAUUAUGAAUUUGCUCUGUUGUUUUUGGUAUUUGAUGAGAAUGAAUCCUGGUAUCUGGAUGACAAUAUUAAGAAGUAUCUCAAUAAAGAUCCACGGAAUUUUAAGCGCACUGAUGAUUUUGAAGAGAGCAACAAGAUGCAUGCCAUUAAUGGCAAGAUUUUUGGAAAUCUCCCGGGCCUCAUAAUGAAUGAAGAUACAAUGACCAACUGGUAUUUAUUAGGAAUAGGAAGUGAAGUGGACAUACAUACCAUCCAUUACCAUGCGGAGAGCUUCCUUUUCAAAAUAGAUAAAUCUUACCGAGAAGAUGUGUAUGAUCUCUUUCCUGGGACAUUCCAAACCAUUGAAUUAUUUGCGGAUCACCCAGGGACAUGGCUACUACACUGUCAUGUGUCUGACCAUAUCCAUGCUGGCAUGGAGACAACCUACACAGUCCUCCGGAACAUAGACAACAGGAUUCCAUACUCUACCAAGUCUCCUGGAGGGGCGGCCCACUCAGCCACAGUGCCCUCCAAUGAACAAUCUGGCAAGGAGCAGCUCUAUUUUUUUGGCAAGAAUCUGGGUCCAAGAAGAGCCAAGACAGCCUUGGUCAUCCUCUUCAUUUUGGGACUCCUCCUCCUGAUCACCACCGUGAUUCUGUCCCUCAGGCUCCACUUUGCGAGGACACAGAUGGCCUACCAGGAAGUCCAGUCCUGUGCGCUUCCCACAGAGAUUCUGUGA